AUGAAAAAACAGCUAAAAGUGGCUUAUAAUGAGGAAGAAGCUUUUUGGAACCAGAAAUCUAGAAUAAGCUGGUUGAAGGAAGGGGAUAAAAAUACUCAGUUUUUCCAUGCAACUGUGAAGGGGAGAAGGAAAAGGAAUAGAUUGCACAAGUUAAGAAAGGCGUGUGGUGAUUGGACAGCAAAUGAGGAUGAGCUGGGUAGAGAAGUUGCUAACUACUAUGGUGAAUUGUUUAAGUCCACGGCAGCUGGGGAGCUUGAUGAGAUCUUAGAAGGGAUUCCUAUCACUAUAACUGAACAAAUGAACAAGGAACUGACUAAAAAAGUGGAUGAAAAUGAGAUAAAGAAUGCAUUCUUCUCUAUGGAUCCUAAUAAGGCUCCUGGUAGUGAUGGCAUGUCCCCCCUCUUUUUCCAAAAAUUCUGGAGUCUUAUCAAAGAGGAUCUAGUAAAUGCAAUCCAAGGUUUCUUCCAUAAUGGUGUCAUUCUUAAGGCCAUAAACCAUACUGUUAUCUCUCUGAUUCCAAAAGUUGAAUGCCCCACAGAGAUUAACCAGUAUAGGCCUAUUAGUCUUUGCCAAGUGGUCUACAAAGCUCUAGCAAAAAUCCUUGUUAACAGACUCAAGCCUUAUCUCAGUAGAUGCAUUAGUAAAAGUCAGUCUGCAUUUGUACCAGGUAGGCAAAUUUUAGACAAUGUCAUUCUGUCCCAUGAAUUGAUGCAUUUUCUCAAAAAUAAAAGGCAUGGUAGAAUGGGAUAUAUGGCUGUGAAACUAGAUAUGUCUAAGGCCUAUGACAGGGUAGAAUGGAGAUUUUUGAAGGCAAUAAUGGUGAAAAUGGGGUUCUGCUCUACUUGGAUAAAUUGGAUCAUAUCAUGUAUCAGCUCAGUUACCUAUUCCUUCAACAUUAAUGGAGAACACAAGGAGCUUAUUACACCUUCAAGAGGUAUCAGGCAAGGAGAUCCUCUAUCUCCUUACUUGUUUUUGUUAUGCUCAGAAGGACUAUCAAGCUUACUACAGAAAGCAAAGUUGGGGAAGGAGUUAACAGGAGUUAAAAUCAGCAGGGGGGCGCCAGUCAUCACUCAUCUUUUCUUUGCUGAUGACUCCUUGGUGUUCUGCAAAGCUAGCAAACAAGAAGCUGAGAAACUGAUCAUGAUACUUAAAGAUUAUGAAGAGGCAACUGGACAGCUUAUUAACUUGGAAAAGUCAUCAGUGUUUUUUAGUAAAAAUACAAUGCCAGCUGUGAGGGAUGAGGUCUGUCAGGCGUUGGGGUCAAUUAAACAGGUAGAGCAAGGCAAAUACCUUGGACUGCCCAUGAUUAUUACAAAAUCAAAGAGCCAGGUUUUUGGAUUCAUAAGGAACUCUAUAGAUAAGAAACUGCAAGGAUGGAAAAACAAGCUUCUGAGCCAGGCAGGGAAAGAGAUUAUGCUCAAAGCUGUGGCAAUGGCCAUGCCUACCUACACAAUGUCCUGUUUCAGACUAAAUUCAAAGCUGUGCAGAGAAAUAAGCUCGAAAAUGGCAGACUAUUGGUGGGGUGAUACUGAUGGUAAGAAAAAGCUUCACUGGAUAAGCUGGAAGAAGAUGACAGAGAAAAAAAGCAAGGGAGGGAUGGGGUUCAAAGAUCUGCAGCUGUUUAACAAAGCUCUUCUGGCUAAACAAGUUUGGAAGCUGAUCACGCAACCAAAUUUGUUAGUUAGUAAAGUGUUAAAAGGAAAGUACUAUCCCAAGCAAUCUAUUUUCAAAUGCAAAGUGCCUCAGAAUGCAUCUUGGAUCUGGCAGAGCUUAGCAGAUAUCAGAAAGGAUAUGCAAGCAGGAAUUAGGAGGAAAAUUGGCAACGGGAAAGGAACCAGAAUUUGGUGGGACAACUGGAUUCCAGAUAGACCUGAAGGAAGACCAACAUCAGUUCAACCACAGGGGUGCCAACUGGAGUAUGUCUCUGAACUGAUCAGGAAUAACAGAUGGAAUAGAGUGCUGGUAUUUAAAAUUUUCAAUCCACAAGAUGCUGAGAGAAUACUAAGCAUACCAAUAAGUAUGACUGGAAUAGAGGACAGCUAUUGGUGGAAGCAUUCUCAAAAUGGCCAGUACUCGGUUCAAUCUGGAUAUAAGACUUGGAUGAAGGAAGUAGAAGUAGAGAGAUCAAGAAUGCGGGAAGGAGCUGGAACAAGCUAUGUAGGAACCAAUCCUAGGAUUUGGAAUACGUUGUGGCAGCAGAAUGUAAGUCAGAAAAUGAAAGUUUUUGUUUGGAAAUGCCUGCACAAUGGUAUCCCAGUCAGAGAGACAAUCUAUACUAGAACAAGGCAAGGAAAUCCCAUAUGUACAGGAUGUGGGGAAAAGGAAGAAACCACUGAACACAUGUUGCUCCAAUGUAACAAGGUUAUGGUAAUCUGGAAAUUGGCACCAGUACAAUGGGAUGGAAUAGCACAUCUAUCAGGCUGUUUCACCAAAUGGUGGAUAGCAAUCCAGGAAGCUCAAGACAGCAGAGGUGUUGAGGACCAAGUCAAUCUCACCAUAAACAUACUCUGGCAGAUAUGGAAAGCUAGGAACGACAGAGAGUUUAACCAUAAGGAAAAGGAGCCUUCCAAGGUAAUUGAGAAGGCGAUGAAGGAAUGGAUAGAAUUUGAGGAAGCUAACAAAGGAAAGGAUUCAAGGAAGAGCACUCAAGAAACAGAGCUACAGCAAUGGAAUGACCAAGAUCAAAAUGAGAGCCAUGCUGGAUUGAUAUUAAAGAUCCACACCAGUCCGGACAAAAGGCAAGCAGCAGUAGGGAUCGGAAUAUCAGCAACAGACAACAUGGGAAGAUUGCAAGCAUUUUGGGCACUAAGAGAAUGGUCAUCAGGUGAUACCUUACAAGACCAAACUGUUGCAGUUAGGCUAGCUCUACUGAAAGCUGGAAGUCAAGGCUGGAGGAGCAUCAGAAUGGAACUGGACAACCGCAAGCUGGUAGAUGCCAUAAAGGGAGCAAGGUUCAACAACCAGCAGAUGGCUACAUUAAUUGAGGACAUUAGAUCAAUCUGUACUUUGUUUCAUCAGUGCUCCAUAUCUUUUGCCAACUCUAGGAAAUUAGAAUGUAUUAAGCUAAGCAUUUAUGCUCUAAACAUCUGGAUAGAUGAAGAAUGGGUGAAUCCCAAUCUUAGAUGCUAG